GUCUCCUGGAUAAUGAGGUGCGUGCCUCACCAAAGAGGCGCCAGCGCACCGCACCGGGCAGAGGAGGCGGCUGAUGAACAGACCAGACAAACAGCUCCUCUCCAAGAAAAUCCACACAGCGUCUCACAGCCAGAGAGACACCAUGAAGACGGGCGGCAGACCGAGGAGUAAAGAUUCACCUGCGGACGCCUGAGUGAAGAGGCAGGAUGGCGGGGGGUCGGAGGGGACUUGUGGCCCCUCAGAAUACUUUUUUGGAGAAUAUUGUCAGACGGUCGAACGUUUGGACACUGUCACAUAGACAGACAGAUACCAAUUUUGUCCUGGGAAACGCUCAGAUAGUGGACUGGCCCAUCGUCUACAGCAAUGAUGGUUUCUGCAAGUUGUCGGGCUACCACAGAGCUGAGGUGAUGCAGAAAAGCAGCACCUGCAGCUUCAUGUACGGGGAGCUCACGGACAAGGACACGACAGAAAAAGUGCGACUAACAUUCGAGAAUUAUGAGAUGAACUCGUUUGAAAUACUGAUGUACAAAAAGAACAGGACGCCUGUUUGGUUUUUUGUGAAGAUUGCUCCCAUUCGAAAUGAACAAGAAAAAGUGGUCCUGUUUCUUUGCACGUUCAGUGACAUCACAGCCUUUAAACAGCCCAUUGAAGAUGAUUCUUCCAAAGGCUGGGGAAAGUUUGCCCGACUGACUCGAGCUCUAACAAGCAGCAGAGGAGUCUUACAGCAGCUGCAGCCUACAGUUCAUAAAGGAGAGAAUGUCCACAAGCACUCCCGCUUAGCUGAGGUACUGCAGCUGGGCUCUGACAUCCUACCUCAGUACAAGCAGGAGACCCCCAAAACCCCUCCUCACAUCAUCCUGCACUACUGCCUCUUCAAGACCACGUGGGACUGGGUCAUCCUCAUCCUCACCUUCUACACAGCCAUCAUGGUGCCCUACAACGUCUCCUUCAAGACGAAGCAGAACAACGUGACGUGGCUGGUGGUGGACAGCAUCGUGGACGUCAUCUUCCUGGUGGACAUAGUCUUAAACUUCCACACCACGUUCGUUGGACCCGCCGGCGAGGUCAUCUCCGACCCCAAGCUGAUUCGAAUGAACUACCUGAAGACUUGGUUUGUUAUCGACCUGCUGUCCUGCCUGCCGUACGACGUCAUCAACGCCUUUGAGAAUGUCGAUGAGAAUUGGAACCACCGAGCUGUCACUCAAGGGAUCAGCAGUCUUUUCAGCUCACUUAAGGUGGUCCGGCUUCUCCGGCUGGGUCGGGUUGCCCGUAAACUGGAUCACUACAUCGAGUACGGGGCAGCUGUACUGGUCCUGCUGGUGUGUGUUUUUGGACUGGCUGCUCACUGGCUGGCCUGCAUUUGGUACAGCAUCGGUGAUUAUGAGGUUAUCGAUGAAGAAACCAACAUUGUGCGUAUGGACAGCUGGCUCUACAUCCUGGCCGAGACGGUGGGCACACCGUACCGCUUCAAUACCAGCGGCUCAGGGAAGUGGGAGGGCGGGCCAAACAAGCACUCUGUGUACAUCACUUCCUUGUAUUUCACCAUGACAAGCCUGACAAGCAUAGGCUUUGGUAACAUCGCACCGACGACAGACGGAGAGAAAAUCUUUGCCGUGGCCAUGAUGAUGAUUGGAUCCCUUCUUUACGCCACCAUCUUUGGUAAUGUGACAACAAUCUUCCAGCAGAUGUACGCCAACACGAAUCGCUACCAUGAGAUGCUUAACAGUGUCCGGGACUUCCUCAAGCUCUACCAGGUGCCCAAGGGCUUGAGUGAAAGAGUUAUGGACUACAUUGCCUCCACGUGGUCCAUGUCAAGGGGUAUAGACACUGAAAAGGUGUUGCAGAUUUGUCCAAAGGACAUGAGAGCAGAUAUUUGUGUUCAUCUCAACCGCAAGGUUUUUAAAGAGCACCCGGCUUUCCGGCUGGCCAGCGAUGGGUGUCUCAGAGCACUGGCCAUGGAGUUUCAGACCAUCCACUGUGCCCCUGGUGACCUGAUCUACCAUGCUGGCGAAAGUGUGGACAGUCUCUGUUUUGUGGUGUCGGGAUCACUAGAGGUCAUUCAGGAUGAUGAGGUGGUGGCAAUUUUAGGUAAGGGAGAUGUAUUUGGGGAUGUUUUCUGGAAAGAAGUGACUCUCGCUCAAGCCUGUGCCAACGUCAGAGCUCUGACCUACUGUGACCUCCACGUCAUUAAACGUGACGCUCUGCAGAAGGUACUGGAGUUCUACACAGCGUUUUCCAACCACUUCUCAAGAAAUCUGCUGCUCACUUACAACCUGCGAAAGAGGAUCGUCUUCCGAAAGAUCAGUGAUGUGAAACGAGAGGAAGAGGAGCGACAGAGACGUAAAAAUGAAGCCCCUCUGAACUUGCCACCAGAUCACCCAGUACGGAAACUCUUCCAGCGCUUUCGACAGCAGAAGGAAGCCCGGUUUACGACCGACAAACCAGAGCUAGAUGAACGCGAUAUUGAGAAGGGCCCUGUGUACGUAGACGUCCCGAUAGCUAAUACAGCCAUUACAACUACCAGCAUCGUCACAGUAACAGAAAGCCCAGCAACACCCUCAUCUUCAACUCCUUCAUCUUCAACACCCCCCAGCUGUACACCCUCAGACAAGGUGAAGCUGCAGGUGCCAUCUAGCAUUUCUUUGGUAGGAGGCCGGUCCGCUGAGCCGCUCAAAGUCAAAGGCUGGGGUCGCUUCAAGGAGUCCAUGGCCAAACCUGACAACUGGAACAAAGUGUCUAAGGCCGAAUCCAUGGAGACUUUACCUGAACGGACCAAGGUGCAUGAAUCACAAAUGUCUCUAAAGAAAACAGACUCAUGUGACAGCGGUAUCACCAAAAGUGACCUGCGGCUAGACAAAGUGGGUGACUUCCGCAUGACGCCCCAGGACCGAAGUCCUGUCCAGCCUCCGGAGACCAGGCACGCCUUCUACCCCAUCCCAGAGCAAACGCUUCAAGCCUCACUUCAGGAGCUCAAACUGGAGCUGAAGGAUGACCUCAAGAACCUGAAUGUUCGAAUGUCUGGCCUGGAGGCGCAACUCACAGAAGCACUUCAACUCCUCAAAACAAGGAAAUCAAGUACUGGCUCUCCGCAGCCUCUUUUUGACAUUUCUAGACCUGCUUCACCAGAACUGGACAAAGAGGACAUCUUCUCUUGAAGCAUGGAGGAAUCAUGAGGAAACAAUUAACUCAGCUGGAAUCCAGUAAUAUCCAGAUUACUUGGAUAGCUGAUGCUGCACUGGGCACACCAUUUAGAUUAGGCAACAGUGUGGUCUUUAAGACGCACCGGCCUUCAUCAUAGGGGUGUACCUGCUGGCCAACAAGGGAAGGCGAGUCGAAGCCCAGAUUUCGGUGUCGUAACACUGAACCAUCUGAGGUUACAUAAAAACUGACAGCUCUAUGUUUGUACAUAGACAAUAGUUGUAUCUCUGUUGGAAGGCUCCAAUAGAAACAGCAUGUCCCACUGGUUUGUUAUUGAAUCAUUUGUAUGAGAUUCUUUGCAUGUCACAUAAAAUAGACGUGUGCCUCAAAUUGCAGAUGGUGCAUAUUUGAUCAGCUGAGGCCACACAGCAAGUCAUUUGCAUUCUUUCACCACGACAGUGAAAAAGGAUGGUCUUUGCAGAUGUUGAAAGAGUCAGAGUAAUUUCCUCAAGCAACUGAUGAACUCUUUUAUUAUAUCAACUGCCAGGAUCAUUAUGAAUUACAUAACAGAUAACUCUGGCCAAGCAAUCAGAUUUUCAAAGACGUCUUUCAGCAGAGCCUAUUUUGAUUUUCAUAAACCAUGGGUAGAUGGCCUUCAUGACAAAUGCAGUGCUAACUAGUGUGUCAACAGUGAGCAAGUUAUCCAUCAUCCGAGUAUCUAGUAAUUGUUAUUCUCAGAUGUAUACAACCACAUACAUGGUACAUAUAUAUAGUGAGAGCCAUGCAUUUUUGGCUUUGGUGAUGCAUAAUUAGUUAAUGCAGAUGAAACUGACAAUGGCUAUACCCUCGUCUUAUUUUAAAACCGUCAAGAACAUAGUAGGGAAUGCCUGUUUGCAGAAUAUUUCCAAAAUAAAUAUAUUUAUGUAAAAUAUAAAACUUCAAAGUGCAGGUUUGUUAACGUAAGCACACCAAGAUAGUUACUGGAACCUGUUUCAGUGAUGAUAUUGGCCAGUGAUGUACAUUUUUACACCAGUUAGCAUGCAUGGUUUAAUGAGUCUGUUUUCACAUUCAUUUGAGAAAAGCCAUCAUCCCAUGACGACAUGAGAUAACAGCUGACUAUUAUGAAGGAGGAAAGAUCAAAAAUGUGAAAAUUAAAGGAAGUGUUUUCAAUGCAGGCAAUCUCUUUAGUGACUACAAUUUGAGGUUAAAAUCAACUUUAUUCCACAAAUUCAAACCCACGUUCCCGAGACACGCCUUCAAACUGGGAGACAGCUAUCACCACUUGUUUAAUGUAAUUGUGUAAAAUUAAUUACACAAAAUUUCAAUUUGGUUUAUUUUUAUGAAGAUUGUAUUUCAUUAAGUUCCGUUUUUUUCUCUUUGAAACAAAAAUGGACUUUAUUAAUUAAAUGAAGUACACCAGACCCAGGCUGUGUAAUCCAGUCAAUAAAUAAAUUUAAAGGUUCGGGAACAAGUAGCCAAGUGUGGUAAAUUUCAUGACUUUCUCUUUAAAUUGUAAUUUAGAUUUUUUGAUUUUAAAACUACUUCAAUUUCACCAUAAAGACUUACUCAAUAACAAAA